UGGAAAUCAAAACAGAGUUCUGCCGACAGUUUCGACAUCAGAGGUAACGGUGCCGUUGAGGGCGACCUUAUCGUCAAGUUAUCCCCACAACAGAUCCGGACCUAUAUUCUCACCAUUGAUGGCGACCAUCAUCACGAAGCUAAAUGUACGAGUAGCUGGGUGAAAGCAACUCAGAGCACUAUACCUACCAGUGCUUAUGUGGCCGGUUAUGAUGCGGACAAAACACCGCUAACUGUUUGCAGACAUAAAGUCGGUAACGACUUAAUCGCCGGAAAGGCCGACAAAAACAUCGGAUGUGUUGUGACUGAGAGUGGGAAAGAGGUUUACGUUAAAGAGGGCCAGGAGUUUGAGGUACUGGUGGCCCAGAAUGUGGAGUGGGUUCCCAGACAUGGCGAGGACCCCAUCCCAGUGGGGGCGCUGGUGGUCGGCAAUAAGGGACAGCCAAACACCGACACAUAUAUCGGUCGAUGCGAUACACACUCC